AUGACAUCAAUCUCACAUUCUUCUCAGACCAUUCUUUUACUGUAUCUUUACUUCUUCUCUUUCUCAGAGGCUUUCAAUGGUGGUUUCACUGUGGAGAUCCUCCACCGUGACUCACCAAAAUCACCAUUCUAUCGUCCCACAGAAACUCAACUCCAUCGAGUUGCCAAUGCUGUUCGUCGUUCCAUUCAUCGUGCUAAUCAUUUCCACCAAAAUUUUGUCUCUAAAAACACUGCUGAAUCCAGUGUGACACCAGAUAUAGGUGACUACGUGAUGAGUUAUUCAGUUGGAACCCCAGAAGUUAAAGUUUUUGGCAUUAUUGACACAGGCAGUGAUCUAGUUUGGACGCAGUGUCAACCUUGUAAAACUUGUUACAACCAAACCACACCAAUCUUCAACUCUUCAAAAUCCACCACCUACAAAACCCUUCCUUGUUCUUCCACUUCAUGCAAAUCACUGUCAGAUAACUCUUGCUAUUCACACAAACACAAAAACUGUGAAUACAGUAUUUUGUACGAGGAUGGAAGAUACUCACAUGGAGAUCUUGGUUUGGAGACACUCACCUUAGGCUCCACCAAUGGCUCUUCUGUCAAAUUUCCCAGAACUGUGAUAGGAUGUGGCCGUAACAACAGUGUUUCCUCUGAAGAGAAAAGUUCUGGCAUGGUUGGUUUAGGUCAUGGAUCUUUGUCUCUGAUAUCUCAGUUGAGUUCUUCAGUAGGUGGAAAAUUUUCUUAUUGUCUUGCACCGAUAUAUAACAAACCUAGCAAACUCAGUUUUGGAGAAGCUGCUGUGGUUUCUGGGAAUCACACUGUUUCCACCCCACUAGCCUAUCAUGGUCAUUACUAUCUGACACUGGAAGCACUCAGUGUUGGAAAAAACAGAAUAGAGUUUGGAAAAUCUAAUGAAGAGGGAAACAUCAUAAUUGAUUCUGGGACAACACUCACUUUUUUGCCGGAUGAUGUUUAUUCAAAGCUGGAAUCAGCAGUGGCAAAUGAAGUUAAGUUAAAACGUGUUAAGGAUCCAUUGUUGAGCCUUUGCUACAAAGGUGCACUUCAUGAACUGCAUGCACCAGUGAUAACAGCACAUUUCAGUGGCGAUGCAGAUGUGAAGUUAAGUGUUGACAACUCCUUCAUUGAUUCGGGUGAUGGAGUAGUUUGCUUUGCUUUCAUGGCAAGUAAAAGCUCUUCGAUCUUUGGAAACUUUGCUCAGAAAAACAUCUUGGUUGGCUAUGAUCUGCAGAAGAAAACAGUCUCCUUUAAGCCAACAGAUUGUGUUCAAAAGUGA